AUGGGAGGCAAGAGUUCAAAGGAAAACAUCAUCAAGAAGUACUCAAAAAUCGCCGAUGACUACCAAACGCUUGAACAGGUUACAUCGGCUCUCGCUAAAGCUGGACUCGAAUCGUCAAAUCUCAUCGUCGGCAUUGAUUUCACCAGAAGCAACGAGUGGACAGGGAGGGAGUCGUUCAACGGGCGAAGCUUACAUAACAUCAACGGGGUGCUACAAAAUCCGUAUGAAGAAGCCAUUUCCAUCAUCGGGAAAACGCUCUCCGCUUUUGAUGAGGAUAACUUCAUCCCAUGCUUCGGAUUCGGAGAUGUCUCCACCCAUGAUCAAAGUGUCUUCAGUUUCUAUUCGGGUUCCGGUUACUGUCACGGAUUUCAGGACGUAUUGACACGAUAUAAACAGAUCGUUCCUCAACUGCUACUUUCAGGACCUACAUCUUUUGUACCUAUAAUAGAAAUGGCCAUGACAAUCGUCGAAGAAACCGGAGGCCAAUACCACGUUUUGCUGAUAAUUGCCGACGGCCAGGUAGGAAGCGUCGAGGGUCAGCUAAGUAGUUCACAAGAACGAAACACCAUCAACGCCAUUGUAAGAGCGAGUAAGUACCCGUUAUCGAUAAUACUGGUGGGGGUUGGCGACGGGCCUUGGGACAAGAUGAUGGAAUUCGAUGACAACAUUCCUUCUCGAGCCUUCGACAAUUUUCAGUUUGUGAAUUUUACAGAAAUUAUGUCAAAGAAUGUGGAUCCAUUGAAGAAACAAACCGAAUUUGCGUUAACCGCAUUGAUGGAAAUACCUUCGCAAUAUAAAGCUACGAUCGAGCUCAAUCUACUUGGUCAACGAACGGGUUAUUCUCCAAACACCAUCCCCCUUCCUCCACCUUACGGUGGCACUACGAAUUUCGAGAAUCGAAGCGUACAUGAGACGGGAUCUUCAUCUUCGGAUUCUAUUUAUGACAAUAAGGUGUGCCUUGUGUGACGUAAUAACCCAAAGGACAUGGCGUUUGGUUGUGGGCAUCAGACAUGCUGUGAGUGUGGAGUUGAUCUUUCAUUGUGUCCGAUUUGUCUGAAUCUAAUCGAGACCAAAAUAAGGUUGUAUAAAUAGGAUUUGUAUCGAUGUUGUACUGAGAAAACCGUUGUAUGUGUUGCUUUUUAGCAGAAUAUUAGACUCUUCCAAUUGAGUCGUUUUGAGUGCCUUUUAUAUUU